AUGCUUCUUCAGCAUUCUGAAGAUAAAUUUAUGAAUCUAGUAUGUGGCAUUGGAGAAUGUAAUUACUUGUAUAAUACAGCUAAUACUUUUAAAUGGCACAUUAAUAAAUGCCAUAAAACUGCUCUUGAUGAGUCUUUACUCAAAAAUUCAGACUCUGUAAAUAUACAAUUGGACAAUCAGAGAACAGAGGAAUAUGAUGCCAAGGAGAGUGAAGAAAAUGUGUUUUUAAAUAUUGACGAGUCCUUGGUGCAAGAUUUUAUGGAUUUUAGCGAAUGUUUCUCUAGGCAAUUGUGUCACACUAAACUAUAUUGUAGAGAAAAAUUUAUGCUUCCAAAAUCAGUAACAAAGCAAAUUUUUGAGCAAGUUCAAACAUUGUUUGACUUAUAUCAAAGCAGUAUUUCUUCAAUAAUUUGUGCUAAACUUAAACAUUGUGGAAUUAAUUGGAAACUAGAAUAUGUGUAUAGACAAAUUCUUGAAGAAGAUUCUUUUUACGAGCACAUUUCAAAAUCAACAUCUACAGACCAUCUGAUGGAAUCAUAUAUGAUGUUAAACCUUGACUAUGUUCCUCCGAUUGAAUAUAAUAUUGUACCAAUUGACGAUAGAUUUAUUGUUACGUUAGAAAAUAAAAAUCUUGCUAAAGCUAAAUUUCACUAUGUUCCUUUAUUGGCAACUUUGAAAAGUUAUUUAAAAUGUGAAGAUGUUUGGAGUAGUUUUCAGCAUAAAAAACAGGUUAGUGAUUAUCUACAUGACUAUACAGAUGGUUUGGUAUGGCAGUCACGAAUAAAACAUUUUUGUUGUGACUCUUUUAUCAGACUCCAUUUCUAUAAUGAUGAACUUGAGAUAUGCAACCCACUAGGGAGUAGAAAAGGUACACAUAAAAUAACUGUUUUUUACUUUAUUGUUGGCAAUAUUGAGAGUAAAUAUUGGUCAUCAUUGAACCACAUUCACUUAGCAUUGAUUUCAAAGUAUAGUGUUAUUAAAGAACACGGCUAUGCACUAGUUCUACAACCAUUAUUGAGCGAUUUAAUGAUACUUCAAAAUGAAGGUAUUAACAUUAAUGUUGAAGGUAUAACACACAAUCUUAAAAGCUCCAUUGUUACAUUAUCUGGUGAUAAUUUGUCUGCACAUACAAUUGGUGGUUUUUCUGCAUGUUUCUCAUCUGGCCGUAUUUGUCGAAAUUGCAUGGUACCACAUAUUAACAUUCGUGAUAUUAAAACUGAAAGUCAAUGUAAAUUGCGAACUAAAGCCAGUCACGAUUAUCAUGUUAACUCUGUAUUAAUUGAUCCAUCUUUGAUGCCUGUGUAUGGAGUUAAAAAGGAAUGCCCAUUUUCUAUGUUAAAUUAUUUUCAUCCAAUCGAUUCCAUGCCCCAGGACAUAUUACAUGACAUAUUGGAAGGACUGAUGAGUGUUAAUUUUAGCGUUGUUAUAAAAGGCCUUGUUAAAGAUAAGUUUUUGACAGUCUUAUCCAGUAAUAAGCAUAUCAGCGAAAAGGCUGUGAAGAGGGGGUCAUUGUUUUAUCAUCUUCCAUUAUAUAUUGGAAAAAUUGUACCAAAAGAAAAUGAAUAUUGGAUGCUACAUUUGUUAUGUAGAAGAAUAUGCCAAAUUAUUCUUUCACCAAUUAUUGAUAUAGAGUGGAUUCCUGUACUCACCCACCUUAUUACUAGACACCAUGAGUUAUUAACAAGGUUAAACCCAAAAUCAUUUACACCCAAGAUACAUUUUCUUGUUCAUUAUCCACGAAUGAUUGCCCAAUUUGGUCCUCUUAGAUUACUUUGGUGUCUAAGAUUUGAAGCAAAACAUCAAUAUUUUAAACAAAUUGCUCAUCGUGUGAAAAACUUUAGAAACAUUACUAAAACUCUUGCUGAGAGACACCAGAUGGCUAAGUGUGCUCUUUUGUCACCAGCAAAUGAAUGGAUUCAGAGUUCUCCGGUUAUUCUAGGUUUACAGCAAUUUCUGCCUUAUUCAAUACUUCCAACCUUUUUUGCACAAAAAUCAAACAAAUGUAUGGAAUUGAGAAAAGUAGUCAUCAAAUGA